GCAUUGCAAAUUUCGCAGAUGACGCUGAGAAUGGAUUGGAUGAUAUAAAGUUUGCUCUCACUUAUCCCGCUUUUAUUAGACACACUUUAUUGAGAAAAAAGAAUCAGGCCAUGCUUGAUAAUAGGCAACUUGAUUCAAUAUUUGGCUUGGAUCGUAAUCGUUUACCAACAAUGGAAGACCUCUCAAAAAUGCAAUAUACGGAAGCUAUAAUUAAGGAGUGUUCACGACUC